UUGCCACUUGUAGGGACACAAAGCAGUGCAAAGAUGGCCGGCGAAAACGUGAGUGUGAUCUUCAAACUUUACUGCCUGACAGUAAUGACACUGGUGGCAGCUACAUACACGGUGGCAUUAAGGUACACAAGGACCAUUUCAUCUGGAGAUCUGUACUUCUCCACGACUGCAGUGUGCAUAACUGAGGUCAUUAAACUAAUCCUGAGUCUUGGGAUGCUGACGAAAGAAACGGGAAGCUUCAUUAGACUUAAGCACGCCAUCAAGGAGCACAUCUUCCUCAGCCCCAAAGAGCUGCUGAAGCUGAGCGUGCCCUCACUGGUGUACGCCGUUCAGAACAACAUGGCCUUUGUCGCACUGAGUAACCUUGAUGCGGCCGUUUAUCAGGUGACCUACCAGCUGAAGAUCCCGUGCACGGCCCUGUGCACAGUCCUCAUGCUGAAUCGAUCUCUCGGCCGGAUGCAGUGGUUUUCAGUUUUCAUGCUCUGCGGCGGCGUCACUCUCGUCCAGUGGAAGCCGGCGGAGGCCACGAAAGUUCAAAUUGAGCAGAACCCCCUAAUCGGCUUCUCUGCCAUUGCUGUUGCUGUCCUCUGCUCAGGAUUUGCAGGCGUAUACUUUGAGAAAGUGCUGAAGAGCUCGGACACGUCUCUGUGGGUCAGAAACAUCCAGAUGUACCUGUCUGGCAUUGUGGUCACCCUGGUUGGCGUUUACAUGAACGAUGGACAGGAAGUCCUGGAGAAAGGCUUCUUCUUUGGAUACACACCCUGGGUGUGCUUCGUAGUUUUUCUGGCCAGUGUCGGUGGCCUUUACACGUCGGUGGUGGUGAAGUACACAGACAACAUCAUGAAGGGCUUCUCUGCUGCAGCUGCUAUUGUUCUGUCAACAGUGGCAUCGGUCCUAUUGUUUGGACUGCAGAUAACAAUCACAUUCGCCUCUGGAGCAAUCCUCGUGUGCAUUUCCAUUUACUUGUAUGGACUUCCAAAGCAAGACACAUCUAAACUGAGCCGGCAAGACAAAGACGUGGACGCAGAGUCCAAACAGAAACUCAUAACUGUGUGA